UCCAACAUGGCGGACGCAGGUAGUGAAAACAUGUUGGAAGCAAAUGUUGAACAACAACUCUCAAGGAUCGUGAAAGAUGUACGCUCCGGAAACCUCGAUCUUGUUACUUUUGUGGAAAAACUAGGGCCACAGUUGACCAGUACUGAGGUGGAUAAGAGAUGUCAUGGUGUGCGGUUGUUGUCUGAAGUCUUGCAUCGCCUUGUUGGGUUUCGGUUUAAAGAAAAAGAAGUGACAUUGUUUUGUGAAUUUCUGUGUGAUCGACUCAAGGAUCACUAUACCAUCAUCCCUCAUGCCCUGUUUGGUAUUCUUGCUCUGAUCACUAAUCAAGAUGUCACUGAUGCAGAGUGUUUAAAACUUAUUCAGACAUUGUUCAAAGAAGUCCAUGUCCAGUCUCUUCUAAAGGAAGGAAGACUGACUGCAUUCAAUCUGUUCGCAGUUGUGUUAAAUAAACAUCUUCAAGCUCUAAAAAGUAUUGGAAAUGAUUUUGUGUUUGGUUUCAUCCAAGCUAUGGAUGGAGAAAAGGACCCAAAAAAUUUACUCCUGGUCUUUGAGCUGGUCAGAGUCAUCAUCAGCAACUUUUCAAUAGAUUUAUUUGCUGAGGAUCUGUUUGAAGUGACAUCUUGUUAUUUCCCAAUUGAUUUCACUCCACCUUCAGAUGAUCCAUAUGGAAUCAAAAAAGAUGAUUUGGUGAUGAGUUUGCGUAAGUGUCUUGCUGCUACAAAUCAGUUUGCCCCGUUCUGCUUUCCACUUCUUAUGGAGAAGCUAUCAUCUGAUAUCACUGAUGCUAAGAUUGACUCCUUAUUGACCCUGUCAUCUUGCUUGGAAGAGUAUCAUAGCAAUUAUUUGGUUGAGCACUUGGAGCCUCUUUGGACAAGUAUUAAAAGUGCAGUUUUCCAUGUGGGAAAUCCUGUGUUAGAGGAUGCUGCUCUGGCUGCAGUGACAAGCAUUGUUAAAAACCUCUGUGGAUCUAUGGAUGAAAAUACUAAGGAGAAAUAUGAUGAGUUUCUAGAAAUUAUUCACAAGGAUUGUGGUCAUCUGACUGGUAGUGACGUUAAGCUGAUGAGGCAGUGUGGAAGAAUUUUACAGGCUGUGGCUCUAGCAACAGAGCCUGCUUGCCACAGAAUUAUUGACUGGACCUUUCCUCUGUUGCUGGAACAACUCACACAGGACAUUGAGGUAUCUCAUAAAAAGAACUUUAUUCACAUAAUUACAAAUCUUCUUAGAGCUGCCAAAACCUUUCACAGACAUCCUGCUGACAGCCCAGUGAUCAAAUACAAGGAGGCACUGUCUACUACAUUAUUUUCUUUCUUGGCAAAUUGGAACUCAACUUUAUGUUGUGUAACCGUGGAGUGUUUCAUGGUUCUUGUUGAAUUAGCAGGACUUUUGACAGAAAAAGAGGUUCAGUUGCUUGUUGAGCAUGUUACAUCCAUAGUACUUGGGAGCAAGGAAGCUUCUCUGAGCCAUAUUAGCUCUGCUGCAUUGUCACAGUUAUCCAGGAAUUAUCCUGCCAUCAUCAUUUCCACUGUGCUACCCCUGCUGGAGAUGCAUCUUAAAGCAGGAUUUUAA